GGCUGGAGGCGCGGGCCGGGGGCGGCGGCGGCGGCGCGGCGGCUCGGGCGUCGGGGGACGCGGCGGGCGGCCGCCUCGGAGUGAAGUUCAGGGGCGCCCCGGGCGCGGACGCGCGCAGGUCCGCUCGGCGCUGGCCCCCGCCGCCCGUGGCCCGGGACCCCCCCCCGCGGAGCCGCUUCUGUUUACUUUCGGUCGAGUUUUUCCUGCUCAGGGCAGGUGCCCAGGGCGGCUCCCGGCGGGCAGUUCCGCGCGGCGCCCGGCGCCUCUCUCCCCGCAUCGCCGUCCCCGGGAGGUGCUGGUCGGGCGACCGGGGGCGAGCGGCAGCCGCCGCGUCUCCAGGCGCGCUCACGGGCGUCCCGUUUGUGCCCAGGUGAUGACCGCGGCGGCAUGGAGUUCCCGGAGCACGGCGGGCGGCUGCUGGGCCGCCUGAGGCAGCAGCGCGAGCUGGGCUUCCUGUGCGACUGCACCGUGCUGGUGGGCGACGCGCGCUUCCCAGCCCACCGCGCCGUGCUGGCCGCGUGCAGCGUCUACUUCCAUCUCUUCUACAGGGAGCGGCCGGCGGGCAGCCGCGACCCGGUGCGGCUCAACGGCGACAUCGUCACGGCGCCCGCCUUCAGCCGUCUGCUGGACUUCAUGUACGAGGGCCGCCUGGACCUGCGCAGCCUGCCCGUUGAGGACGUCCUGGCCGCGGCCAGCUACCUGCACAUGUACGACAUCGUGAAGGUCUGCGCGAGCAGGCUCAGGCAGAGGGGCCGCGCGCCGGCGCCGGAGACGCCCGCUCCCGGGGCGGAGCCGCCAGGCCGGCCCCCGUGUCCCCUGUCGGCCUGGACCCCCGAGCUCUGUCCAGCUGCCCGGAAGGCCAGGCUCCCUCCCGCUGGGGUCGAGGCCCCCCGCCCCCCGCUAGCGCUGGGGCCUCCCGCCGGGCAGGGCCCUGGCGAGCCAGACCGGGCUCUGGACCUGUCGCUGAAGCCCGGCUCAAAGCGGGAGCCAGCCCACCCGGCCCAUGUCCUCCGGACAGGCCCCUGCAGCCAGAUGCAGCAAGGGGCCCGGCGGCUAACGAAGGAUGAGCCGGACUCACCGUCCGAGCAAGAGGACGGCAGCGGCCCUCGGAGCCCGCCCGGCACCCCGCAGCCAGCCUGCGUUCCUGCAGCCACGUGCCUGGCAGGGGACUUGGAGCCACUGCCAGUCAGUGAGGUGGGCCGUGGGGACCUGGAGCUGGAUGCGGAGAGGGGGGCCAUCGCGGAUGAGCUGGGGCCCGGCGGGCACCUCUGCAUCUGCCCGCUGUGCGGCAAGCUGUUCCCCAGCGCCCACGUGCUGCAGCUGCACCUCAGUGCCCACUUCCGGGAGCGGGACGGCAGCCGGGCCCGGCUCUCACCCGAUGGCACCGUGCCCACCUGCCCGCUCUGCAGGAAGACCUUCUCCUGCACGUACACGCUGAAGCGGCACGAGCGCACGCACUCGGGCGAGAAGCCCUACACGUGUGCACAGUGUGGCAAGGGCUUCCAGUACUCGCACAACCUGAGCCGCCACGCCGUAGUGCACACGCGAGAGAAGCCGCACGCCUGCCGCUGGUGUGAGCGUCGCUUCACGCAAUCAGGGGACCUCUACCGCCAUGUCCGCAAGUUCCACUGCGGCCUGGUCAAGUCCCUGCUGGUGUGACACAUCCCUGUCGCCGUGAGGCUAGAGGGGAGGGCGGGACCUCUCCAGUGGGACACCAGGAUGGAGCCCGAGGGACCCGAGCUCGCUCUGUAGGAGCCCCUGAGGCUGGGCCCGCCGGCAGAAAGAGCACUGCUGCCCCGGAACGUGGCCUCAGAUGGGGUGACGCCGAGCCGCCUGGCAGCCCUCCUCCACGCCUUGCCCUCUGCCGCAACUCAUUCCUUCCAGAGCCUGCCCAGACCGAGACUCCGUCCCCCUCCCUGUCCUCCCUGGCCAGUCCCGAGGUGGGUCUGAAGGGCCCAGGCUCCCCCCCCACCGCCCCCCGCCCCCGGGAUGAGAUGAGACGGCACGUGUAUCCUCCGUGUGGAGCUUGCCUGACCCCUCGCCCGCUCGCCCGGGGUGGGGGGUGGGGGCGCCACGCUCCGAGAAGGAUGCUCGUGCCGCAGAUGCUGUCAGUGUGAGUCCCCGACGGGGAGCUCGGAUGAACAGGCCACUCUUGGCGGGUGGCAGUGGGAGCCCCUGCAGGGGAGGCCCCGGGCACAGGGAGAGCCAGCAGGGGCCAGCAGGGCACAGCUGGUAUUACAGGGGGUGCCGGCCCCAGCAGGGACCCCGGGGCGGCGGGAGAACCAGCCAGAAGCUGUGUGGCUCUGGAGCUACGGCCGCCGGGGUGGGAGGUGCGUCCUGCAGAUCCUGGCCUCGCUCGAAGGCGACGCAGAGAAGGCUGGAAUUUGGAAAUGAUUCUCUCUAGAAACAGAAAGAGCCUCUGGAGGUACCAGAUGUCUGCCCGGGCGACAGGCCGUGCCACUUCCCUGCCUGAGCACCGGGUCGGGGCGCCUGGGAAUGCAGAGCCCCGCCUUAAGCAUUAGAGGUCAAUCGUAGGCCUGACCCUGGGGCUCACCUGCCCACCAUUUUGGAGUCUACUCAGAGCUGCUGGUCAUUGCCAGGGCACUGGGGGUGGGGGGGGGCAAAGCCUGCUGUCUUUACCGGGCAGUGUUUGCAGGCUGGGGCUCGGGGGAGGGGCUCUGGGCUGGGGUCACUGCAUGUGAUCCCAGAAUGUGAAUGACGGGCAUUCGUGCUGGGGGCAGGGGUGGGGGCGCCCCCCGCCUCGCCUGCCUUGCCUGCCUGCUCUCAGGGCAGGUCUUGCUGUUGGAACCCAAGAGGGUGGCGGGGGUGGGGCUGCCUCAGCCGCUGGGGGUCCUGCAGGUGGCAGAGCCCCCUGAACGCCUGGGUUCCUCAGACCCGGUGGGCUCUUUUCUGCUGUGACUGGAAGUGGUGCUGAGGUCAGAGUUCAAGUUUAAAUUAUUUUCGUUGCCCCUGACAACACUUGAUGUAUUUAUUGUCUGCCCGGUCUGGAGUGAGAAGACCGUCGGCCUUUGCGGUAGGCGGACGGGCCUCGGCCCUCCCGGUGUGCGGGCAGCAGGCUAGCCCGCGGGCCAGAGAGAGCGGGGCAGGGCCCUCGCCUGUGACUGUCCAGCCCCCGGCCCUCCGCCUCCAGAAGGGCACGCCGUGCCCGUGUUAAGAUUUCCGCGUGUGCACGUGCACGUGCGCGCGCCCGCCUGUGGGCACCUGCGUCCAGCAAAGGCGGGGCCUGCGCCGGACGGGAGCCCCGCCCGCCCCCCAGGAGGCAGCCGGGGAGGUGGCGGCCGCCCUGGUUUUCCCCAAGGGGUUUCCACCAGGGAAGAAAUGUAUUUUCCUGGGGCAGGAAGCCUGCCCUCGGUCAUCAACACUGGAUUCAUUGUCUCGUGCAAACAGUUACUGUGAAGUUCAUGUGCAGAGAAGUGGUCGGCUUUCCAUUGAAUCCCUGACGCCGCUUAGAUGGACAUGUACAUAGAAAUACACGCGUAUAUUUAAGACACUAAUCGUGCGGGCUUGUGUAGCAGGGUGUGUGUAGACAUGUUUCAGGGGGAGCCUGCCUGCCGCGUGGGGUCCUCCCGGGCAGCCCAGCCUCCUGCCCCGCAGUCUGGCGCCGCCCUGCCCCUGGGGGGCGCCUCCGGGCGCACAGAGGACAGUGGCCACGCCUAGCGUUUGGCGGGAGGUGAUGUUUGCAGGCCUGUUUGCUGUGACGGUCCGGAAACAAGCCCUUCUCCGUGUUCACAUCGUCUCGGUGACAGUGGCAAUAAAGCCCAGCGCAGGUGGA